CCUGCGAGCGGCUGAAGAGCACGUGACAUGACGCGUCAUCAACAUGGCGACCCAGUGCUGAGACAGCAGCGUCUGUCGCUCCAAUACAACCAGCGGCGACGUCGGCGGCCAGCUUCAGGUAGCGUCUGCUAGGGACACCUGCACUAAAGCAGGGCUUAGGCCGGCAAUGACGGCCUGAACGAGGAAAUAAACUCCGGAGCAAGAAAUGAAAGAACAACAACCUGACUUCAGUAAACGGCACACUGAGACAGAAAGCGCGACGACGAAGAGCAUGUUUGUGUCUCGGGCGCUGGAGAAAAUCCUGUCGGAUAAGGAGGUGAAGCGGAGCCAGCACAGCCAGCUGCGCAAGGCCUGUCAGGUGGCUCUGGAGGAGAUCAAGCUUGAGCUGGAAAACCAGAAGGUUGGUACCGUGGUUCCUCCCAAAGCUAAUUACAUCGAAGCUGACAAGUAUGUGUUACCUUUCGAGCUGGCAUGUCAGUCAAAGUCUCCACGCAUUGUCAGUACGUCAUUGGACUGCUUACAGAAACUUAUUGCUUAUGGCCAUAUCACGGGUAACGCACCGGACAGCGGUGCACCAGGGAAACGGCUGAUCGACCGACUGGUCGAGACGAUCUGCAACUGUUUUCAGGGUCCACAGACUGACGAAGGAGUGCAGCUCCAGAUUAUCAAAGCUCUCCUGACUGCAGUCACAUCUCCUCACAUAGAGAUUCAUGAGGGGACAAUUCUGCUGACCGUGCGCACCUGCUACAACAUCUACCUGGCCAGCCGCAACCUAAUCAACCAGACCACAGCCAAGGCCACGCUAACUCAGAUGCUCAACGUCAUUUUUUCACGCAUGGAGAACCAAGCAGCACUUGAGGCCCAGGAAGCAGAGAAAGAGAGGCAGCGGCUUCAGGUCCCGAAUCCUGUCCCAAGCUCCCGAAACCCUUCACCUACACCAGGAGUGUGCGCGUCCCCACAGAAUGGGCCUCCAGAACCCUCUCUGAGCCCUCCUGAACUCACAUCCACACCCCCUACUCCUCAGAACUCCUCCUUGAACGGACAGUCAGAGGGACCAACAGCAGAUGAGGAACCGGCUGCACCAGAACAGAGUUCAACCAAAAGUUCACAACCAGAACUGCAGGAGUCAGAUCCUUCUGUGCCCAAGCCACUGGAAGAGAGGGUUGCUGAGGGAGAAGAGGGUCAUCUGGAGGCUGAGACAGAGCAAGCCUCAGAGGUUCAGGAGGAGGCAGAGCCAGACAGUGGCCUGGGAGAGAGCUCUGUGGAGGGAGUAGGUUUGGACCAACAUUCUGACUCCGAGUCCAAAGUGACACCCCCUAUGGCCAGGACAGACGCUCAGCAAAUGAAUGGUGUUGUGGAUGACCAAACCUCUGUGUCAUCAGAUAUUCUGGAGACAGAGGUGAUGCAGAGCAUGCAGACAGCUGCCCGCUUCUCACACAUCCUUCAGAAAGACGCCUUCCUGGUUUUCCGUUCCCUUUGCAAACUCUCCAUGAAGCCAUUGGCUGAUGGUCCACCAGACCCCAAGUCUCAUGAGCUACGCUCUAAGGUGGUCUCGCUCCAGUUGCUGCUGUCAGUGCUUCAGGGUGCCGGCCCCGUGUUUCGCACACACGAGAUGUUUGUGAAUGCUAUCAAGCAAUACUUGUGUGUGGCACUGUCUAAGAACGGAGUUUCCUCUGUGCCUGAAGUGUUUGAACUCUCUCUAGCCAUCUUCCUCACCCUGCUUUCCCACUUUAAAGUGCACCUUAAGAUGCAGAUUGAGGUGUUCUUCAGAGAGAUUUUCCUGACUAUUCUGGAAACAUCUACCAGCUCUUUUGAGCACAAAUGGAUGGUCAUCCAGACCCUGACUCGCAUUUGUGCAGAUGCCCAAUGUGUAGUGGAUAUCUACGUGAACUAUGACUGUGACCUAAAUGCAGCAAAUAUCUUCGAGAGGCUGGUGAACGAUCUGUCAAAAAUUGCUCAGGGUCGGAGUGGACAGGAGCUGGGAAUGACUCCACUGCAGGAGCUGAGUUUACGUAAGAAAGGCUUGGAAUGCCUGGUGUCUAUUCUGAAAUGCAUGGUGGAGUGGAGCAAAGACCUGUACGUCAACCCUAACCUACAGACCAAUCUAGGUCAGGAACAUCAGGCUGAAGGAGAGGGAGUAGAAGCAAAACUCCCUGAACACUUGUCCUCUCGCAGAGACAGUGUCAGCUCUCAGGACUCGGCUGUGUCGUCCAGUGUUCAGGCUUCCCAGCCUGACCAUCCUGAACAGUAUGAGGUUAUCAAACAGCAGAAAGAGAUUAUCGAGCAUGGCAUUGAGCUAUUUAAUAAAAAGCCCAAGAGGGGUGUGCAAUACCUGCAGGAGCAAGGCAUGUUGGGACCCUCUGCGGAGGAUAUCGCUCAGUUCCUGCACCAGGAGGAGAGACUCGAUACAACUCAGGUUGGGGAGUUCCUCGGUGAGAACGCCAAGUUCAAUAAGGAGGUGAUGUACUGCUACGUGGACCAACUGGACUUCUGUGGCAAGGACUUUGUGUCGGCAUUGCGCACGUUCCUUGAAGGCUUCAGGUUGCCUGGGGAGGCGCAGAAAAUCGAUCGGCUCAUGGAGAAGUUUGCAGCACGCUAUCUGGAGUGCAAUCAGGGGCAGACUCUGUUCGCUAGUGCUGACACGGCCUAUGUGCUGGCGUACUCCAUCAUCAUGUUAACCACUGAUCUGCACAGCCCACAGGUGAAGAGCAAAAUGACAAAAGAACAGUACAUUAAGAUGAACCGUGGCAUUAACGACAGUAAGGAUCUGCCUGAGGAGUACCUCUCCUCCAUUUAUGACGAAAUAGCAGGAAAGAAGAUCGCCAUGAAGGAGAGUAAGGAGUACUCCAUUACCCCAAAGUCCAACAAGCAGAGUGUAGCUAGUGAGAAACAGAGACGACUGCUGUAUAAUAUGGAAAUGGAGCAGAUGGCCAAGACAGCUAAAGCCCUGAUGGAAGCUGUGAGCCACGCUCAGGCUCCUUUCUUCAGCGCCACCCACCUGGAGCAUGUCCGCCCCAUGUUUAAGUUGGCGUGGACGCCCCUGUUAGCAGCGUUCAGCGUUGGCCUGCAGGACUGUGAUGACCAGGAGGUGGCGUCUCUGUGCCUGGAGGGAAUUCGCUGUGCAAUCAGAAUUGCCUGCAUUUUCAGCAUGCAGCUGGAGCGUGAUGCAUAUAUUCAGGCCUUGGCCAGGUUUACACUGCUCACAGCUAGCUCCAGCAUUACAGAGAUGAAGCAGAAGAACAUUGACACCAUAAAGACCCUCAUCACUGUGGCACACACUGAUGGGAACUACUUGGGCAACUCCUGGCAUGAGAUUCUGCGAUGUAUCAGUCAGUUGGAAUUGGCUCAGCUGAUUGGCACAGGCGUAAAGACACGUUAUAUCUCUGGUGUAGUCCGAGACCAGGGAGGUAGCAUUAAGGGCUUUCCCACUGGUGGAGAGGAGUUCAUGCCUCUUGGCUUAGGCACACUAGUUGGGGGUCCAGACAGACGUCAGAUGGCUCACAUUCAGGAGUCAGUGGGGGAAACCAGCUCUCAGAGUGUAGUGGUAGCUGUGGACAGAAUUUUCACUGGAUCCACAAGGCUUGAUGGAAAUGCAAUUGUGGACUUUGUGCGCUGGCUGUGUGCGGUGUCAAUGGAUGAACUGGCUUCUGCUCACCAGCCACGCAUGUUCAGUCUGCAGAAGAUUGUGGAGAUCUCCUACUACAACAUGAACCGCAUCCGACUGCAGUGGUCCCGCAUUUGGCAGGUCAUAGGAGACCACUUCAACAAGGUGGGCUGCAACCCUAACGAGGAUGUGGCCAUCUUUGCUGUGGACUCUCUGAGACAGCUUUCCAUGAAGUUUUUGGAGAAGGGAGAGUUGGCCAACUUCCGCUUCCAGAAGGACUUUCUUAGGCCGUUUGAGCACAUUAUGAAGAAGAACAGGUCUCCGACAAUCCGGGACAUGGUGAUCCGCUGUGUGGCUCAAAUGGUGAACUCGCAGGCAGCUAACAUCCGCUCAGGCUGGAAGAACAUCUUCUCUGUGUUCCACCAGGCCGCAUCAGACCACGAUGAGACCAUAGUGGAGCUUGCCUUCCAAACCACAGGACACAUUGUCAUGAAAACCUUUCAGCAGCACUUUGCAGCAGCUAUUGACUCAUUCCAGGAUGCAGUGAAGUGUCUGUCUGAGUUUGUGUGCAAUGCUGCAUUCCCUGAUACUAGCAUGGAAGCCAUCCGGCUCAUUCGCCACUGUGCCAAAUAUGUGUCUGACAGACCACAGGUACUAAGAGAGUACACUAGUGAUGACAUGAACGUUGCUCCUGGUGAUCGGGUGUGGGUGCGAGGCUGGUUCCCCAUCCUUUUCGAGCUCUCCUGUAUCAUCAACCGCUGCAAGCUGGACAUCAGGACCAGAGGCCUGACAGUGAUGUUUGAGAUUAUGAAGAGUUAUGGACACACUUUUGAGAAGCACUGGUGGCAUGAUCUCUUCCGUAUCGUCUUCCGCAUCUUUGACAACAUGAAACUUCCAGAGCAGCAGACUGAGAAAACCGAAUGGAUGACCACUACAUGUAACCACGCGCUCUACGCUAUUUGCGACGUCUUCACACAGUUCUAUGAGCCUCUUAGUGAGGUGUUGCUGGUGGAUGUUUUUGCUCAGCUGCAGUGGUGCGUCAGACAAGAUAAUGAGCAGCUAGCACGGUCGGGCACCAACUGUUUGGAAAACUUGGUGAUCCAGAAUGGAGAGAAGUUCAGUGGGGAAGUUUGGGGUAUCACCUGCAACUGCAUGCUGGAGAUCUUCCAGUCUACCAGCCCUCAUGCCUUGUUGACAUGGAGACCAGCUGGGCAGGAAGAGGAGGUGGGAGAUGGGAAACACAUGGAUGUGGAAAUGGACUCUCAGUCUCAGAGCAGCUUUGAGAGGACGCUGUCAGAGAGAGGACAGAGUCAGAUGUCCACUGCCAGUGAUGAAGCCUGGAGGGGAAAGCCCCAUGCACGAGUGUCGGACCAGAGGCUGUUUGCAGGGCUCCUCAUAAAGUGUGUGGUGCAGCUGGAGCUCAUUCAGACCAUAGAUAACAUUGUCUUCUACCCAGCCACCAGCAAGAAGGAGGACGCUGAGAACAUGGCUGCUGCUCUGAGAGAUGGUCUGGAGGAGAGAGAGGACGGGGAGGCACAGGUUGAAUCAGAGCAGGGCAUGUACAGGCAUCUCUCUCCUCAGCACCUCUUCAAACUGCUUGACUGCCUACUUGAGUCGCACCGCUUCGCUAAAAACUUCAACUCCAACAAUGAGCAAAGGACAGCGCUCUGGAGGGCAGGUUUCAAGGGCAAGUCUAAACCUAACCUGCUGAAGCAGGAGACGAGCAGUUUGGCCUGCAGUCUGAGGAUACUUUUCCAAAUGUACUCAGACAGGCGGCUGCAGGGCACGUGGCCCGAUAUCCAGACUCGACUGCUACUUGUGUGUAGUGAAGCCUUGGCCUACUUUAUCAUCUUAACCUCAGAGAGCCACCGAGAGGCCUGGACCAGCUUACUGCUGCUCCUACUCACCAGAACACUCAGACUCCCUGAUGACAAGUUCAAGCCACAUGCCUCCUGUUAUUACCCCUACCUAUGCGAGAUGAUGCAGUUUGACCUCAUCCCUGAGCUGCGUGCAGUCCUGCGUCGCUUCUUCCUCCGCAUCGGUUCAGUCUUCCACAUCGCUGCCCCUGAGAUAGUGCACACACGAGCCCCAACCUCAUAGGCCUCUGCAAGGCUUGUGUGUGUAUAAACGACUACGAAAAUAGGAGGUGGGAAAGCUUAAUUGUUGCGUGUCCCUCCUCUGGUGUGAAGAACCAUGCAGGAUCACUCGGAGCCGAUGCUGAGACUGCUCGCUCUGGGCUCUGGGUGUCCAGGGCCACCCUCCAUUUCUGGAUCUCAUGACCUUUUUACCCCACGGCUCCCCCUCAAGAGAGAAAAGCACUGUGAGCCAACAGAGCUUUUCCACUACGUGGACUUUCUAACACUGCAGCUCAGUAAAAUCAUAUCAUUUAUUCCAGAACAGGGGGGCAGUAUGGCAACAAUAAUUAAUUUAUUAACCAUAUAGUUGUCUAUCCUGUUCCUGAUUGACAGUUGAUUUGUGUUGUUUUUUUUUUGUUUGUUUGUUUGUUUUUGUGUUAUCUGUUAUUUUUGUCCUUUCAGUAAGUCAACAAACAGCGAUGUCCAAAUGCACAGAGCUGAAAGAGCAUUUUUUGAAUAUUCCACCAUUCACACAUUUGUAAUUUAAAGCAACGUUAUGCCUAUGAUGAAAGAGAUUUACUAAAUCCUCAGUCAAGAAUUACAGCAACAGACACAAGGGUUGGGCACUGCUGUAACAAUCAUACCCACACACAAUCAUUCGAUUUGAUUAUACCUACUGGGUUAAUAAUCUCUUUUGGUGUAUGUUGAUCAGUUCUGAUUGAAGCUUUAAUGACAAGCAGUGCAAAAUACACUCCGUUGCUGGUAUUUGCAUCUUAGCAUAUUGCAUUCAUAUAAAACAGAAGUGAAACAUUAUUUUUGGAGCCUAGGUUUGGGUUGCGUGUGUCACAUUUAACAGUAAGUAUCCUGAAUGCGGAGCCAGUUACCCUUCAUCUUCUGAUGAGUGUGUUAAUAAAAAGAGGGUUAACUUUUAUAUGGAGUUGAGCUAAUAUUGGCCAGGGAAAGUAGAGCUGCUCUCAUUUCUUUUGAUUUCAUCAAGUAUCCUGUCUAAGCCAUUCCAUUCGCUCGGUAAUACACACUACACUUCCCUGCGUGAAGUGCAAAGAAAUUGUUUGGCCUGGAAAAAAUAUUUGGAAAAUGCCCGUUCCAUUCGGCCUACAUUUAAAGUGUGGGUUGUCUCUUUGUUUUUCCUUCUUGGUGGAAAGUCCCUGCUUAGUGGACAGAUUCAUUGUCUUUCCAGUCCCAUCAUCAGCUGAGCUUUAUCCCAGUAUUGAGUGUGAUCAAGUCAGCUUGCUUCAUUAUCUUGCAGUGUUGCCAUACCAACACCAAGCAAACCCACAAAUAAAAAAGGUUACAUACACUGUAUAAUGCAGACUUGUUUAUACUUGAGUAUAACAGUAUGAAGCCUCUGUAGUAACAGAGCAUAUGAAGCUUGGGAUUCGUUUUUAUGCGGAUGUAUUUAAUUAUUUGAAGUGCAUUUAAAUAUUUUCUGAAAGCAUUCCUUCCCUUGCAACUAUAUAUGUCUACUUUGCUCCCCUGAUGUAUGGGGAAUAUAAAUAUAUACAGUAAGAAGAAAAUACAAAGUGUAAAGUUUUCAUGUAAAAUAAAGGAUUAAAUAAAUGCACUACACAUAUUGUGGUGUCAUCUUCCAA